CUCCUCGCAGCCCAGCCGCUGUCAUUCAGGCGCGCACGUUGGCACCGAAAAGAUUGAAAGUGACACUCGACUUGAUUGUUCCGCGCCGGGGAAACCGUUCAUUCUUCUAUCACGGCAACACUUUUGCGUUUGAUAUCGGUGAGCGACGACGACUUUCCUCCCCUUUCCCCCCACUCCCAUGCAACAUUGUCUUCUUUACAUUUCAUUGUGUGCGCUUUCAUACUGCCGCGGAUGAAGCCAGCACGGCGCCGUUCCGUUGCGCGCUGAACUAAUGAACAUAUAACGCGCGAAAAUAGACUCCAAUGUGCCGACGAAGUUUGGGUUUUCAGUUUCGCAUGAGCCCUGUGAACUUGCCGUAACAAGCCACGACCAAGAGGAGUCCUGCUUGUUGUGAGAAACUCUCUCUCUCUCUCUCUCUCUCUCUCUCUCUCUCUCUCUCUCUCUCUCUCUCUCUCUCUCUCUCUCUCUCUCUCUCUCUCUCUCUCUCUCUCUCUCUCUCUCUCUCUCUCUCUCUCUCUCUCUCUCUCUCUCUUCCUCCCUCGCUCCCCCUCUCCCCUUCUCUCUUUCUCUCUCUCUUCCUCUCUCUUACACACACUCACACACAUCACCGCGAGGCAUUCUUCGUCCAUCUCCUGUGUCAGUUCAUCUCUCCGUGCUGUCGGGUGCUCGCCGCUGGGGAAGCCACGCCGAAGUUAGCGAGUCCAACCUCCGGUCCGAAUACCGAGCCCCGGCCCCCCUGUGCCGCACAGGACCCCGAGCCCCGAGCCCUGACCCCCUGUACCACACAGGACCCCGAUCAGCCUAGCCCUGGAUUCAAUACUCUUGAUCAAUGGACAGAGCCUCCUCGACGGCCAGCAGCGCUACAGACACCUCGUAAACAACUCGUUCGCCCUGAGCGGAGCUCCUCUGGGUGGCUGGCGGGGGAUGGAGCGUGGAGGGGAGAGCCCUGCAGGGCUCAUGCAGGGCAGUCCUGAGAGGAGGGGGUGCAGCCCCGACCUCGCCAGCCUCCCUCCCCCGAUGAAGAAGGGUCGUCUGGAGCUCAAUGGGAGCCCAACAGGGCCCCGGCCGCGCCACAACGGCUCCCUCCAGAGGCCCCUGGGAGGGCUGAUGAUCCCGGUGUUCUGCGUGGUGGAGCAGGCGGACGGAGGCAGCAUACCUGUGGAGGUUGAGGGCCGGGAGGAGCACGCAGAGUUUGUCCUCAUCAGGAAGGACAUCCUCUUCUCCCAGCUGGUGGAGACGGCCCUUUUAGCCCUGGGCUACUCUCACAGCUCUGCUGCCCAAGCCCACGGGAUCAUCAAGGUGGGCCGGUGGAACCCCCUGCCCGUUCACUUCCUGACGGACGCCCCCGACGCCACGGUGGCUGACAUGCUGAUGGAGGUCUAUCACAUGGUCACACUGCGCAUCCAGCUGCAGAGCUAUGCCAAGCUGGAGGACCUGCCGUGUGAGCAGUGGAACCACGCCACGGUCAGGAACGCCCUCAAAGAGCUGCUGAAGGAGAUGAACCAGAGCACCCUGGCCAAGGAGUGCCCCCUGUCACAGAGUAUGAUAUCCUCCAUCGUUAACAGCUCCUACUAUGCCAACGUUUCAACGGCUAAGUGCCAGGAGUUUGGCCGCUGGUAUAAGAAGUACAAGAAAAUCAAAGGAGACUACCUGGAGAAGAUGUGGUCUGGAAGAGAAGCUGCUGAUAUCAAAAUAGAGAGAGACAGCCUGGCAGACUUCUGCGUGCUCGGCCAGAGACCCCCGCCCCACCUGGCCGGCCUGAGCCAGCUCGGCCACCUGGGGGCGGUCAGCCCCCACCUCAAAGGCGGCGACCCCCAGGCGCCCUCUCAGCCGCCGCACCAGCCCCCGCCUCCCCCCCAGCCCUCGCCCCACGGCGGCCACCACCACAGCCCCCCGCUGCGCUCAGGACAGGGACCCCCGCCGCCGCCGCCCCCGCCCCCGCCGCCGCCCGGCUCCAUGCAGCCCCUGCUGGGGCCCGGCGGGCUGCUGUCCCCCCAGCUCACGCCCCAGAUGAUGAGGCAGCAGCUGGCUAUGGCUCACCUCCUCAACCAGCAGCUGGUGGUGAGCCGGCUGCUGGGCCACCAGCACCCGCAGGCCCUCAACCAGCAGUUCCUCAACCACCCGCCCAUCCCCCAACGCUCCAUCAAGGCCGGCGGCGGCAUCGGCGGCAUCGGCGGCAUCGGCGGCGACCACCUGGGGGGCAACCCCUGCGCCGCGGAGGUCUCCACUGACAUCUAUCAGCAGGUCAGGGAUGAGCUCAAGAGAGCCAGCGUCUCCCAGGCCGUGUUUGCCCGCGUGGCUUUCAACCGCACACAGGGCUUGCUAUCGGAGAUCCUGCGCAAGGAGGAGGACCCGCGCACGGCCUCUCAGUCGCUGCUGGUCAACCUCAAGGCAAUGCAGAGCUUCCUCAACUUGCCCGAGGGCGAGCGAGACCGCAUCUACCAGGAAGAGAGAGAGCGGAGCAUGAACCCCCCCGUGGGUCUGCCCGCCUCCAACUCCUCCAGCCCCGGGGGUCCGCGGCUCUCCCAGAAGGUCUGGGAGCGGAGUCUGGACGAGCAGCUCACCCCAGACGCCUGGGCCUCCAUCUGGAAGAACAAGACUAAGAUCACAAACUCCCAGCCCAAGCCGCUGGGCCCGGCCCCUGAACCGAUGGUGAAGCUGGAGUCCCUGGUCAACAUCACGUCAGGCAUCUACGAUGAGAUCCAGCAGGAGAUGAAGAGAGCCAAGGUGUCUCAGGCGCUGUUUGCCAAGGUGGCCGCCAACAAGAGCCAGGGCUGGCUGUGCGAGCUGCUCCGGUGGAAGGAGAACCCGAGCCCGGAGAACCGCACCCUGUGGGAGAACCUCUGCACCAUCCGGCGGUUCCUGGCGCUGGCGCAGAACGACCGGGACCUGGUGUACGAGGAGGAGUCCCGCCACCACCACGCAGAGAGGCUGCACACCGUGCUGCACCUGCCCCAGGACCCCCAGAUGUUCUACCUUUCCCGGCAGGCCCUCCACCACCGGCCGCAACCCACCCCCAUAAAGGAGCAGCACCGCUCCCCCAUGCGUGAAGAGCCUUUACCCCCCCAGGGGAACGACGAGGGGCAGCAGAACGCAGGAGCGGGAAAUUCAGGCGGAUGUACACCAGGGAGUGGACCCGGCGCCGGAUGCACCAAGAAGCCACGUUCGCGCACCAAGAUCUCUCUGGAGGCGCUGGCCAUCCUGCAGAGCUUCAUCCAGGACGUGGGGCUGUACCCGGACCAGGAGGCCAUCCACACCCUGUCGGCCCAGCUGGACCUGCCCAAGCACACCAUCAUCAAGUUCUUCCAGAACCAGCGCUACCACGUCAAGCACCACGGCCGUCUGAAGGAGCUGGGCGAGAGCGCGGCGGCCAGCGGCGGGGUGGACGUCAGCGAGUACCGGGACGAGGAGCUGCUCUCGGGCUCCGAGGACCCCGAGUCCAGCGAGGACGGGGCGGAGGAGAUGUACCCCUCUGCGGAGGGCGGUGGCGGCGGUGGCCAGACGACGGCGCCCAGCAGCCAGACCUCCUCAGGGAACGGCAUGGCCCACGACGAGGGCAAGGACAAGGGAGCCGGUCGGGCAGGAGGGGCGCUGAGGUCCCCCUGGGAGCUCUUCGUCCAGUCCAAGAGAUCUGGCUGACCACCAGAGGUAGAGACCGACACGCAGAACACAGGAAGACCAAGAGAAAGAGGAUGAUGGAAGGAAGUGGGAAGGAACGGAUGGGGCCACGAUAACGAAUCCACAAAGUAACGAGUUAGGAGAUGACUUAGGCCGGACAUGGCUUUAUGCAGUUGGCAUAGGUUGACAUCAGAGAAAACGCGGCUUGUAAAUUACCGGCUGUACAUAGUAACAGUCUCGGAGAGAAAUUUGUGAAAUUGUAAGUUGCAGAACCGUGUCUUCAAAUAGACAGUUACCUCUGUGAAAAAAAGUAGGUGUACAAUCUGCUGUGAUGCAGACGUUGAUGUGUAACUGUGAAAGACAGUUCCCCCUGUACAGCAUUUCAAUUACUCAUCCGCAACUUUUGAGGUAGCAGAACUGCUGCUGCAAGAAACACCUCAAACCCACAGACAUUGAUGCACAACACAACUUGUGCAACUCCAGAACACUAAGCCUGGCAUCAUUUUACCCCGAGCCAAGAGCUCCCUUUAAAAGGUCAGGCCUCUUGCAUCCUCUGUCCCAAAAAUCACAAAUUCCCCUUCUUAUCUGCGAUGUCUCUAGCACAGCCACGCUUACGCAUGUGGCCAAAAUCGGACAUUUGUUGAAUGGACUCUGGGGGCAGAUUCCUCAGACAGAAAGCCAUGGGUAUCUGAGGAGCUGAAUAGGCCAACGUGAAGGCUUCUGUCCCUCUGUAAACCGAAUAUAUUGUGAAAGGAAGAAGAACUCUAUUGAUUGCCCCCCCCCCCCCCCCCCGCCCCGCCCCAACCCCAUACACCCAUUCCAACACACACUCCAAACGAUCGCCCGAAGCACUUACGCAUCCUACGACAGGCUCUUGACGUCUAUUGGUGCCAUGGACUCCCAUUUGACCCUUCCAACACCUCCUGCUCUCCAAUUGGCCCCAUUGUCCAGGCUCCCAAAGACUGUGAAUACAAAAUAGAAAGUGAACAUAGUAGAGGCACCGAAAGACGGACAGGGAGCCAGGAGAAGGACGUUGGGAACACUUAUUGGAACUGUGGGCUGUUUUUGGCACCCAGAGAGCUGGGCUAACAUCAGGAAUCACUGAUGUUUAAAAAUAAUCCCCUAACCCCUAAUAAUUCCAAACCCUAACCUCCCACACCAAGGAUUGUCUGGAACUGGAGGACGGUUUUGGCCCUUCCUGGCAACCCCGCCAGCCCCCGGCAUAUGUGGCGAGAGAGAGAAGAAAAUUUUGAGCGAGAGAGGAGGGGACGGGAGAUUUUCAGCAACCAAACAAUCAGUCACUUUAUGUGCGGUAGCCCCACCCCCCGAAUCUCCGCCCUCCUUUGCCCUAAUUGGUGCCCACAGUCUCGUGCUUCACCGCACCUACUCGCACUUAGACGCCAACCAACCCUAUUUAUUGCUAUCUUUAUCCACCGUGAUUAUUAUUAUUAUUAUUAUCAUUAUUGUUAUUAUUAUAUUUGUUGUUAUGGUCAUGCCAGUCACCAUGUGUAGUUUCUGUUUUGUUUUUUUAUAUUUCCAUGGUUGGCGACGUUUGGCUCGCAAAGACGCUGUGGGAAAAAAAGACAUAUAAGCAGACUCCUUGAAAAAAAAAAGACAUAUAAAAAAAAAAAAGGGAUAAAGAAAAUGGAGUAGAAGCAGUUACUGUGUUUUCUUAGUAAAAGACCUCUGGUGUCACAUAAAACGUAUUUUUUUCUUGAUCCUGUUCCCCAAAGAGUAUAGAAAGGACCUUGACCAGAACAGGUUCCAACUGAGUAUAAUACAAAAUACUGUAUUAGCGAUUAAACUGUGCUAUUUUCUCUGUUUGUUUGUUUGUUGCUGCAGACAAUGACAAUCGACUUUUUUGAGCCUUUUAAGAAAAACGGCAGACUUCACUAUAUUCCUCCACUUUGAGUGUAUGUCAAAACAAAGUACCAGACGUUGGUCUAACGUGUCCGUGAUAUUCUUUUAUGUUUGAGUUUCCUCUUUCUGUCUGAGUGACUACGAGUGUUUUGGAUAGACCAGGUUAAUACACACAGUAAAUACACAGAGUAUUUAAAAAAAACAAUCCAAACCUUUUUAUUUUGUUUCCCGUGUCUGGUGCAAAUUGUGUACAAAAUGUGUUUAAAUCUGUAUCUUAAAAUGGAAAGUAGUAAACUAUGUUGAGGUUCUUUCUGUUUGACCUUCUCUACCGGCUGCUAUGGUAGGCCUACAGCAAUGCAGAUGACCUGUCUUGUGAUUCCAAUCAUUAUUCCAAUCACUUUGUUAGGUUUUCUUCUCUGUAUGGCAGGAAUCAGGGUUUUUGUCAGUCUUAGUUCAUUCAAUGUUGAAGUGAAUAAAAAAAUGUAUGAAAACA